AUGGUGUUUAAGAAAAGCACCCCCAUCAUCAGUAGGUUACGGCGGUUAUCGACUAAAUACCGCACAGAGAAGAUCUACCCCACCAACGUAGGAGAGAAGGAGGAGAAUGUCAAGAAGAACAGAUAUAAAGAUAUACUGCCAUUUGACCACACCAGGGUGAAGCUGACGUUAAAAACAACCAAUAAUGACUCGGAUUACGUCAAUGCUAACUUCAUCAAGGGUAUGGAUGGCCCGGAGGCGUAUAUUGCAACUCAGGGCCCCCUGCAGAACACUGUCAUCGACUUCUGGAGGAUGAACUGGGAGUAUAAUGUAGCUGUUAUUGUGAUGGCUUGUCGAGAGUUUGAAAUGGGAAGGAAAAAGUGUGAGCGGUAUUUCCCGCUACUUGGGGAGGAGCCAAUGAGCUUUGGCCCCUUCAGAAUCUCCUGUGAGUCAGAGCAGGCCAGAACGGACUACUUUAUCAGGACUUUGACCGUGGAGAAUGAGAAUGAAAACCGGAGGCUAACACAGUUCCAUUAUAUGAACUGGCCGGAUCACGACGUCCCCUCAUCGUUUGACUCCAUACUGGAUAUGAUCGCACUGAUGAGGGAAUACCAAGAGAACGAUGAUGUUCCUAUAUGUGUGCACUGCAGUGCAGGCUGUGGGAGGACGGGUGCUAUCUGUGCUAUCGACUACACAUGGAACCUUCUGAAAGCUGGGAAAAUACCUGAAGAUUUUAAUGUUUUUCGGUUGAUCCAAGAGAUGAGGACGCAACGACACUCUGCUGUUCAGACCAAGGAGCAGUACGAGUUGGUUCACAGAGCGAUCGCCCAGCUCUUUGAAAAACAACUGCAGCUACUGGAGAGCCCCGCCAACACGCAGAUACACGAUGGCAUGGAGGAAAACAGUCCAGAUAAAACAAGCCAGCAGUCAGAUGAUGAGAGAUGGGACACCCCGCCUCCAAAACCUCCACGCAUACGCAG